UUGCAGUUGUGUAGGUAUGAGUAGAUUUAUUGUGACAUCUUUUUUCAUUACUUCAUACUUUUUUAGUGAAUAAUUGGGUUAAUUUCAGCCACUGAUGCCUUAUCCGUACCCAUUCCUUGGCAGAACUAGCAUAUUUUCGAUUUACCCAACUCGCAUAUAUUCAUAUACAGUUGAUGUAUUGUGAUGUUUUUGAUAUAUGGUGAAUCACUAUGUCGUUUAUAUGCUCUCUCUCUCUCUCUCUCUCUCUCUCUCUCUCGCUUUGAGUUAACUAUACUACUACACCACCAAAGCACAUAUGGUUUGGCUGCUUGGAAAAAGAUUAUUCGAGUUGCAUGUAAGAUUGGCAAGGAUAUCCUUGACCGUUGAAAAAAAAAAUGGUUUGGCUGAAGAUUCUAAAAUUGGACCUGAGUUCAUGUUUUAAAAUUUCCAUUUUAAUUUGCAGAAUUUUGUUUACUAUUACGUUCUAAAAUUUAAUAUUGUUUGUUUUAUGCAUAAGUUCAUAAUUUCUUAGGGGGUGCUCUUAUUAAUCUUCAAUGGAGCAGAAAUAUGUUAGAAGCACCUGUUUGAACAAAAUUUACCUAAUGAGCAAAAAUGAUUUAGAUUGGCCAACUGAUGGAUUAUAAGAAUUCCCGAAAUUACAUCAAGUGAAUUACUGGAACGUUAUAUUGAGUUGCAUUUUUUUCAGUGUAAAUAUAGUUGGUUACUCUAUUGUCUUGGACGUCAGGGGUCCAAGUCACGAAAAUAGCAUUUCUACGUGCGUGAUAAGACUGUAUGCAUCUCGCAGUGGCGGGAGCCUGCCUUGUGUCUGUGUGGUGUUAUUGUGGAGAAGUUCCUUCUGUUGGGAGCCCACUAACAAACCCUUAUUCUUUUAUUCCAGGAAAGUCCUGAUUGGUGCCCACUAUACCAUAAUAAUCAUCAAUGGCACAAACUCUGAAUUUGGUUUCAUGUCCCUCAAGUUCUGGAACCAGGAUUUCACUUGGAAAAUAUGGAACAUUUGUUUCGAGAUCCCCAUCCAGACUAUUUAGCAUCCGCGCUGUGCAAGACAAUGAGGGGCCUCCUCGACGGCUGGUUGACAUUAUUCGAAUUGUGCCAGAAAUCUCAAGGAAUUACUUCAGAAGUACUCCUAGGAGGGCGCUUUUUGGGGGAAUAUCCUUAUUGGGUGGCUUCUAUGUGGCACAGACAAUAUCUCUAUCGUUUGGAGCAUUGGGAGUGAAUGAUGUAAUUGCUGCAGUGGUGUGUGUUCUCCUUACAGAAUAUGCAACAAGGUUAUAUUACAGUCGGCCAAAGGUGACUUUCCCCCUUGCUCUGCUGAACAACUUCAAGAUGGGUUUCACUUAUGAGACUACAUAUGAGGAAGAUGUGAAUAAAGAUGCACAAGUUCCUGUUGGAGUUGGAGGUGUUGGAGCAGUGAACACGACUCUUUCAAUAGCUCUUGCAAGAGAAAGAAAUGCGGUAAAGAGGAGUUCCAGGCGUGGUGUCUUCCGGGUCUCCUUUACAUGA